ACAAAAGAAUACCACACUUUGUAAGGAUGUCAAAUGCUCAGUCAUUGGAUAUCCCUGAAGUUCUUAAAGAAGAUGACAGACCAAAGUGGAACAAUAAAUUCCAGUAUAUUUUAAGCUGUGUUGGAUUUGCAGUAGGCCUGGGAAAUGUGUGGCGAUUUCCAUACUUGUGUCAAAUAUAUGGAGGAGGGGCAUUCUUGAUCCCAUACGUCAUAGCACUUAUCUUUGAAGGAAUCCCAUUGUUUCAUCUCGAACUAGCCAUAGGACAGCGCUUGAGAAAAGGCAGCAUUGGUGUCUGGAAUACCAUCUCACCUUACUUUGGAGGAGUUGGUAUUGCUUCAUUGAUGGUGUCGUUCAUCGUGAGUUUAUAUUAUAACACCAUUUUAGCCUGGGUGAUGUGGUAUUUCAUUAACUCAUUCCAAGAGCCCCUUCCUUGGAGCGCUUGCCCACUAAAUGGGAACAGAACAGGAUACAUUGAAGAAUGCCAUGAAAGUACUGCAGUAAAUUACUUCUGGUACAGGAGAGCUUUAAACAUAGGCUCUGAUAUCACUGACAGUGGCAACUUACAAUGGUGGUUAGUUUUGUGCUUGGCCAUUUGCUGGGCAAUUGUGUACAUAUGUACCAUUCGAGGAAUUGAAUCGACAGGAAAGGCUAUUUAUGUAACAGCCAUAUUUCCUUAUCUGGUCCUAACUAUAUUCCUUAUUCGUGGACUCACUCUACCAGGAGCCACUGAAGGUUUAGUUUACUUCUUCACUCCUAAUAUGAACAUUCUCAAAAAUCCCCGUGUAUGGCUUGAUGCAGCCACCCAGAUAUUUUUCUCUCUCUCAUUGGCUUUUGGAGGACUUAUAGCAUUCUCAAGCUACAACUCACCAAAAAAUGACUGUGAGAAGGAUGCUGUGACAAUAGCAAUUGUAAACAGUAUGACAUCACUGUAUGCCUCCAUCCCAAUUUUUUCUAUUUUGGGGUUUAAGGCAACCACUCGUUACUGGGACUGCCUGGACAGGAACAUUAUCGGUAUCAUCAAUGAAUUUGAUCUUCCAGACCAAAGCAUCAUGAGAGACAACUAUACAAUCUGGUUUGGAUUCCUGAAUACAACCCAUCCAAAAAAAAUCGCUAGUCUCAAUUUGAGAAGUUGUGACCUUCAAGAAUUUCUUGAGCAGAGUGCAUCUGGAACUGGCCUUGCCUUUAUUGUUUUCACUGAAGCAAUUAUUCUGAUGCCUGGCUCACAGGGCUGGGCUGUCCUGUUUUUUGUAAUGCUGUUCAGCUUAGGUCUUUCUUCUAUGUUUGGAAACAUUGAGGGAAUUUUGACUCCUCUCUUGGAGCUUCAUGUUGUAUCUAAAUCUGUACCUAAGGAAGUUCUAACAGGUGUAAUAUGCCUGGUCUCCUUUGUGACAGCUCUAUGUUUUACCCUGAGGUCUGGCAGUUACUGGCUUGAAGUUUUUGACAGUUAUGCGGGUUCCUUGCCUUUGCUAAUCAUCGCUUUCUUUGAAGUGACUGGUGUUGUCUAUGUUUAUGGAAUUAAAAGGUUCAGUGAUGAUGUGAAAUGGAUGACAGGACGACAACCAAACUUCUACUGGCAGGUGUCAUGGAGAAUUAUUAGCCCUCUGCUGAUGCUUACAGUCUUUAUUGCCUUUGUUACCCUUCAGACACAGAAGCAACCAAGCUAUGGAGCCUGGAAUCCUAAAUAUAAAGAUUUUCCCAUGAAGGAGGAGAAAGAUUAUCCAGCUUGGAUACUGGCCAUUUGUGUGCUGUUGGUAGUCCUCCCUUGUAUAUUCAUACCUAUGGUAGCAUUUUAUCAUCUCAUCAAAAGAGUGCUAGGAAGGAGAAAGAAGGAAGGAACCUAGCCCUAUGAAAACACUUCCAAUGGCACCUCAGGAAACUGAUAAUGCUUUUUAUAAAGUUGAAGAAUAUGUAUUCAUCUUAACUAUAAAUCAACAAAUGUAUGCACAUUUUUAUUGUUAGACAGUAGCACCAUCAGUAUUUCUCUUUAAAUUACUGUUAAUAUCUCCUUAUUUCCAAAUUUUUCUCCUUUUCUCAAUUUCUAAUAGACCACUUUAUGCCCAUACGCAUAUUUACAGCACUGACAACUAAAGUAUUUCUUAUAGUAGAGAGAUAUUAGCACCAAUAUUAAUCCAUUUGGUUACAAUAAUCUACAUUUUAACUCAAGAACUUGUUUUUUUCAGAGAACUGUAAAUGGCCAGUACUGUGUUUUUUCUGAAGUAUACACAUGUCAACUAUUUCCCUUCUCAUUUUCAAACACCUUCACAAUUCUGGUUUCCAACAACAUCGUGUCCAUCCUACAUACUCUCUCUUGCUCUUACAUGCCACACAAGUUUCAGUACUGACUGUUAUGUGGGCCCCUUUCACGCAUUGCCAUCUUUGUGCCUUCUUCCCAGCCUGCCUUUAUACUUGGUGCUAUUUGCUAAUUAUUAUAUGCCAAGCUUCCUCCAACUCUUCCUUUACUUCUCUUAUCAAAACUUAUCUGUUCCUAAAUUCCAUCAGCAAUAACAAACACCUACAACUCCGUUCAGGGACUGUGCCUAUUUGUAGGUUUCAAAUGUAAACUCUUUGGGUUAAGGAUUCAUAAGAACAUAAGAAUGGCUGUACUGGGUCAUACCAAAGGUCCAUCCAGCCCAGUAUACUGUCUACCAACAGUGGCUGAUGCCAGGUGCCCCUAGGGAGUGAACCGAACAGGUAAUGAUC